CUCCUACUUACACUUUUUUCCCACACCAUCUCUUUCACACACACACACACAAACCCGCCGCACAAACAGUCAUGGGAUCAGUAAGCAAGGAGAUACUGCACGACGUUCCUCCAUACAUAAGAGUCUACAAAGAUGGAACCAUCGAAAGACUCGUCGGCUUAGACGUUGUUCCUGCAUCUUUCGAUAUCGACACCGGUGUCACCUCCAAGGACGUCGUAAUCUCUCCAGAAACCGGUGUCUCCGCCAGGCUCUACCGUCCAACUCUCACCACCGCCUCAGAAAAACUCCCUCUCGUCAUCUACUUCCACGGCGGAGCAUUCUGCAUCGCAUCGCCCUUCUAUCCCAAGUACCACCAGUCACUUACCAACCUCGUUUCAGAAGCACGUGUCAUCGCCGUCUCCGUCGAUUACCGGCUCGCACCAGAGCACCCACUUCCGGCAGCCUUCGAUGACUCACACGCCGCUCUCUGGUGGGUCUCCUCCCAUGCUCCCGGUGGAACCGGGACGGAAGAAUGGAUAAAAGAAAACGUUGACUUCGACCGUAUCUUCCUCGCCGGCGACAGCGCCGGAGCAACCAUAGCUCACGACAUCGCCAUGCGAAUAGGAUCAAACCCAGACCCGACAAUUCCGAAACUCUCGGGUAUUAUUUUAAUAAACCCGUAUUUCUGGGGAAAAGAGCCAAUCGGGUCAGAGAAAGCGGAUCCUGUGAGGAAAGCUAUGGUGGACAAAUGGUGGGAGUUCGUAUGCCCAUCGGAUUCCCAUCUCGGAUUAGACGACCCGUUAAUCAACCCGCUGAGGGACGGAGCUCCGGAUAUGUCGGGUCUGGGUUGCGGGCGGGUGAUUGUAACCGUUUCUGAAAAGGAUAUAUUAAGAGAUAGAGGGUGGGCGUAUUAUGAAACUCUGGUGAAGGGCAAAUGGGAAGGCAAAGUAGAGAUGAUGGAGAUCGAAGGUGAAGAUCAUGUAUUCCAUAUUUUUGACCCUAAUGGGGAAAAAGCCGUAAAUAUGAUGAAAAGGUUGGGUAGUUUUAUAAACCAACAAUAAAUUUGUCUAUUAAGAUAUAUGAUCAAUUUGAUCAUUAAUUUAUCACCUAUAAAAUUGAAGCUCUUAUCGAGUUAGAUUAAUGACGUGUAUUUCAUGAAAAAAAGAAGGUAAAAGUCGUCUGUCGUUUCGAGGCUCGAAACUUUCGUCUAAUGCUUUAUAUGAUUUGUAAUUUAUGUUAUUAAGUAGUUUGUUGAAUGUAUUUGUUUAGAAUACUAUCUAAAUUAGAAAGUUUAUUGUUGUU